AAGAUCAGAUAACAACAAACGUAUAACAUCGUGAAUUUGGAUUGUAAGUUUGAAGUAGAAUUAUUUAUAGUUUGUUUUUGUGAAUUUCUCAUCGAAAAGCAGUUCAUUAGCUCGUUUGAUGGUUAAUUUUGUGUCAGAAAGAGCUUGAUAUUUGGUUACCAUCUUGGGACUUGAAGCAACAGGUAAAUCUCUGAAAUCACAAAUAAUACGAUUGAGAAUAUGAACAGGAACGCGAAGUACUAUCUGAUUUAAAUAAUGAACCGGGAGCGUAAUAAUGCUAGAGGAGGUGGUGCGAUGAGACAAAAGGUCUGGAAGAAUCAAAGAAUAACGCCAUUGAUGGCAAACUCGUCAAAGCCAACUGCGAAUGAAGUUCCGGCAGCGACCAAUAAUGGAAAUUAUCAUCGUAGAAUUCCGUGGCGAAGAAAUCCUGCUCCUUCGCGUCCUUCUCGAACGCAACCGUACCAGAUUCCGGGCAAAUCGACGCAGUUGAACGAACAGUGUUUCGAUUUAGGUACCAAUAAUGAUUAUAAGUAUCCGUCAGAUCAUGCUGAUACGAACAACACCAACAGGAAUGCUCAGAAUCAACCGGAACAGUGUUACGAUAUCGAUACUAAAGAUCGAAUUCCGACCGAGUAUUCUAAAACGAACGGUACUGGCGAGAAUGCUCAAAAUUCACGCGAACUCAAUUACGAUGUCGAUAACAAAGAUCGAAUUCCGACCGAAUAUGCUCAAAUGAACGGAGCUUAUGAAAAUAAUCACAAUUCGCGCGACGAUGCUAAAAAUCGAAUUCCGACCGAGUACGCUCAAACGAACCGAACAUACCAGAAUUAUCAAAAUCCGCGCCCUCAGCGUGUAAAUUUCGAUGCUAGAAAUCGAUUUCGAACGAAGUACAAUGAAGUAAAUGGAACCUACGGAAAUACUCGGAACUCGCGCGAGCAAUAUUCCGAUUUCGUUGCCAAAAGUCAUCCUUCGGCGAAGUACGCUCAAAGAAAUGAGACCCUUAAGCGUUUGCAGCGUUGGGGGGGCAGACAACAAGCUCGAGAUAAUGUCAAAAGCGCACCUUACCACGUGCCGGCUCCAAUACAGAAUCGUGCCCAAGAACGAGGAUAUUAUACUACUGAACCUCCGUCAGAACGUACCCAACAGAAUCGUGCCGAAGAACGGGGAUAUUAUACUGCAGAACCUCCGUCAGAACGUAUCCAACAGAAUCGUGCCGAAGAACGAGGAUAUUAUACUGCAGAACCUCCGUCAGAACGUAUCCAACAGAAUCGUGCCGAAGAACGAGGAUAUUAUACUACAGAACAUCCGCCAGAACGUACCCAACAACCUCGAAUGCAGGAAUAUCCGAAAGCACCUUUUCGUAAGAUUUGGACAACCAAAAUCCAACCGAAAAAUACGUCUAAGGUUGCUCCUGCACAGUCUGCUGAUACCGAACUGAAAAGUGUCUCUAAUUUUAUUCAGCCUUCGCCUUGGUUUUCCGCAGCUGAGAAGGUCAAAUCGAGUUACCAGAAUAAGCAGCCAGAAAUUCGACCGUUACUUGGUUUAGCGUACGAAGAUAUAUUCGAAACCCCUCACAACAAGCCAGAUACGUCUCGGAAUACUGUUCGGCGUGGAUGGAAUGCGUCAGAUUAUGCCAACAAGACCUUGGACGAUGAUAUCGUUCCUUUGGAUGACCCCUUCGCUGAAAAUACUGUUCGACGUGAAUGGAAUAUGCCAGCUUAUGCUAAGAAGGAUUUGCACGAUGAAGCUGUCCAUUUGGAUGAUUCGUAUUCCAAAACUGCUGCUGGACAUAGAUGGAAUGCGUCAGAUUACGCCCCUAAAGAUUUACCCGACGAUAUCGUUCAUUUGGAUAACUCGUACUCGAAAAAUUCAGUGGACAGUACGAGUAAAUGGGUCGUCCCGCCUGAGCUCAACAUGAGUAUCCAAAGUGGCGUAUUUUUUGCCAAAGUAUGCGAAGCUGUACUUGAAAAAGUACUCCAACAGCUCUGCCCUGAUUCGCGCAAAGCUACUCAGAAACCCGGUGCUGAAUCGCUCAAUGCUCGACUAUACUCUAACCGUGGCGGUGUUAUGAAAAGAAGUAUGGUUACUAAUGGUUCUUCGUUACUUCGAAAUAAAGUUCCUCAGAGGAGACCUGCGUAUGCGCAGUCAAACAUUAAGAAUCGUUUCAACGAAGGAUACAAGAAAUACGCUCCGAAACCAUCGUUUCGCAAGCCACAACUGCCACCAGGUGUCAGUUCCGGACGAGUUGAAAAACGUAAGAAGAUUUUGACGAGGAACGGAAAGAGUCUGAUCUACGUGUAAUGUUAAUGUAAUUCGAAACUAAAGACUUGUUUUUUCAUAGUUUUAUUUUACUUAUUGUUCAAGUUUAUUGUUUUAUGUUUGAUAAGUUUUUUUUACCACUUUUUUACGGAGGACAAUUAAAGUUUCGUUUUAUUUGAA